AUGAAGCAUGGAUAUCUAAUUGGUGGUGAAGCUACGCGAAUAUGUACCUCUUUUGCACCAGAUUCUUUGAGUAACUUGAUUAUGGGUGAGAUGCGUCAUGGUAUUGGUCUGUCAACAAGUUCUGAUAGUGAAAUGAUCACCCAGCUACUGACUUAUACCCCUCCUCAGGAACAAGAGGACACCCCAGACUGGGUAGCAAGGAUUAAAAAUUUAAUGAAGGAAGUACCCACAGCAUACUCUCUGCUUAUAAUGCACAAACAUGUGAUUUAUGCAGUCCGAGAUCCCUACGGAAAUCGUCCUCUAUGCAUUGGUCAUCUUAUUCCUAUUUAUGAUAUAAAUGAUAAAGAAAAAAAACCAUCAGAAAUGGAAGGAUGGGUGGUGUCUUCAGAAUCUUGUAACUUUUUAUCUAUCGGUGCAAGAUAUAACUGUGAAGUCUUGCCUGGAGAAAUUGUGGAAAUAUCCAGACAUAAAGUCCAAACUCUUGACAUUAUACCAAGGUCUGAAGGAAACGCAAUGGCUUUCUGUAUCUUUGAAUAUGUUUAUUUUGCAAGACCAGAUAGUAUAUUUGAAGACCAGAUGGUUUACACAGUAAGAUAUCGUUGUGGUCAGCAGCUGGCCAUUGAAGCCCCCGUGGAUGCAGAUUUGGUCAGCACUGUCCCAGAAUCUGCUUCACCUGCUGCUCUUGGUUAUGCAACAAAGUGUGGGCUUCCAUACAUGGAGGUGCUAUGUAAAAACUGGUAUGUAGGAAGAACAUUCAUUCAGCCAAACAUGAGGUUUAAAGGAAAAAACAGGAGUUUGGGAUGA